AUGCCUCCCCAAUUCGGGUUUAAAAAAGCGGUGGCGCGGGCUUACUGGAGCUCGAUUGAUGCCCUCUCCACUGCCUUGAAAGUCCUCGGCACCAUCAAGUCUCGAAUACCGAUUAUCUCCAGUAUACGGAUCAAUUUUAUAUCCAUUCACUAUGCCUAUAUUAUCAGCUGUUCGAUCGUUUGCUCCGUUGUUCUCUUCUCGAUUGGGAACAUGAGUUACAUCGAUGCGCUGCUGUUUGGUGCCGGUUCUUCCACACAGAGUGGCCUCAACCCGAUUGACGUAAAUCUGCUGUUCACCUACCAACAGGUUGGGGUAUAUUUUACUUCCAUGAUCACCAAUCCAAUCGUCAUCAAUACAGCCGUCGUUUUCAUUCGUCUUUUUUGGUUUGAAAAACGCUUCCAACAUGUAGUUCGUGAAGCGAAGACAUUGAGACGUUCUAAGUCAAGGUCCAGAACGAUGACACGCGAAGUCGGUGAACAAGGUGAUCGCAAUCACAAUCGGGAGGAGAUGGGGGUACGAGGAAGGCAUAUUGUCCUUGUACGAAACAGCGAUACCGGACAACCUCGAACACAAGUUGCGGUUCCAGAUGCUGUGGAAAAAUCAAGCCCAGAGUCCACCUCGGAGAGCGACGUUUCGCCAACAAUAAAUCCUGAUAGCGUGACCAAUGGCGACUGGAUAAGUCAAAAUACAGCAGGGACACAGAACCGAGGCAGCGAGUCCAAUGUGAAGAGGUCUACAGCUCCGGAUGAUACUGAUGAGGACGGCAAUCUCAGAGCACCUCCACACUUGAGCCCGGAACACCAUAUUGCUUUCCUAGAACACCAAAGAAGGGAGACUGGGGCCUUGCGUAUUCCAAGUCCACGAGAGUAUGAUAGAGGAGGAGUUCCUCAGUCGAUAGACGAUGAUAUUGAUGAUACAGAUUUGAAACCAACACAUACAUCACAAUCGGAGCAGCCUUCCAAUCCGGCUCAAUUGUCACAAUUUCAACAACAGCUCCAGUCCUCGCCGGGUCAGCAUAUCACCAUUGAUGAACCUGACGUCGUUCGGGUGCGGUCGCGGACGGCUACCCUGCCUCGAAUUAGCUCCCGCUAUGGGCCAAGCACUGCUACAGCGGGACCCGAUGAAAACUUUCCCAAACCAACUCGAAGGGGAACUUUAACUAGUAUCUUUCGAUCUGCAUCAGCUCAAGAUGCCGAUGUUGAUUCAAGCCCGUAUCUUAGUUGGCAGCCGACAAUUGGUCGAAAUUCCGCAUUUGUCGAUUUAACCGAAGCUCAAAGGGAUGAACUAGGUGGCAUUGAGUACAGAGCUCUGAAAGCUCUUGCAGUCUUGUUGAUUGGAUACUUCUUCUUCUUCCAUCUCCUAGGCAUUGUUUGCUUGGUGCCAUGGAUCAUGCAACAAACUAGAUUCGGUGAUAUUGUCAAAGCUGCAGGCCAAGGUCGGCCGUGGUGGGCCAUUUUCACGGCUGGCUCAUCUUUCAAUGACCAGGGCUUCACACUAACCCCAAACUCGAUGAUAUCUUUCUUCGAUGCCAUCUUUCCUCUCCUUUUGAUGGCGUUCCUUAUAAUUGUCGGAAAUACUGGCUUUCCUUGUAUGCUGAGAUUCAUAAUUUGGGUGUUUUCUCACUUGGUUCCUCAUGGCGGCCCACUCUGGGAAGAAUUGCGCUUCUUGCUAGACCACCCAAGGCGAUGCUUUACGCUUCUGUUUCCCCGCGCAGCCACAUGGUGGCUAUUUGGCUUCCUUGUUCUGCUCAACGUGGUUGACGUGAUAUUUUUUGUCAUCUUAUAUUUAAACAACUCCGAAAUCUCGAAGAUCCCUGGAGGAAUACGGUUCGUGGAUGGCUUAUUCCAAGCAGCAGCUACGCGAACAGCCGGUUUAUCGGUCGUCAAUCUGGCUGAAGUCCACCCUGCCGUUCAGGUAUCCUACAUGAUUAUGAUGUAUAUAUCCGUUUUUCCUAUUGCCAUUUCAGUCCGUCGAACAAACGUCUAUGAGGAGGGUAGCUUGGGUAUCUAUUCGUCUCCAUACGUACACAAAGAGGACGGAGACGAGGCUUUCGAAGCAAAGGAGUUCAACUACGUCGGGGCCCAUCUUCGAAGGCAACUCAGCUUCGAUCUGUGGUUCAUUUUCCUCGGUUUAUUCAUCAUUGCCAUCGUCGAGGCCGGCAGACUUGACAACACCGGAGAAGAUUCUUUCAGCAUGUUCGCCGUUUUGUUCGAAAUCGUCUCCGCGUACGGAACUGUUGGUCUAUCACUGGGCUAUCCGGGCACCAACACAUCUCUCUGUGCACAGUUCAAACCUCUGUCAAAAUUCAUAAUCAUCGCAAUGGAAAUUCGUGGCCGUCAUCGUGGUUUGCCAUACGAGCUUGAUCGUGCCAUUCUGCUUCCCUCCGAGUCUCUGCAGCGCAGGGAACUUGUCGAUGCCAAUAAACGAUCGAAACGUCCUGGAUCCCAGGUCAGCGUGCAUUCGGGAGUCACUGGGCAGGGGCAGCCACAAACAACCAAUCCGCAGCAGGAUAUAGGUUCGUCGAGUGGAUAUCAGAGAGACGGGCCACACGGUUCACGAUGGUCGGAGGCAAACUCCCUUGCUCCGACUGGCGCCGUUACUAUGACACCUCGGUUAGCGACUCACCAUGAGAUUGCCUAA